AUGCCGGCAGCAAAACAGCAACCACGGUUUCGCAAAGUUCAGAGUUUCCAGACGGACUAUGCGCCAACCGUUAUCACCCACUAUGAGUCUGAACGCAGUGGAAUGCAGGUCAUCGUAGCCGACCGCAAGGGACCCAAGAUAAAUGGCUACUUCACCCUGGCUACGGAGAUCCUUGAUGACUCCGGCGCCCCCCAUACUCUCGAACACUUGGUCUUCAUGGGCUCCAAGAACUACCGGUACAAAGGCCUUCUCGACAAGCUAGCCUCGCGAGCGUAUUCCGGGACCAAUGCAUGGACUGCCGUUGACCAUACAGCCUAUACCCUCGAGACAGCUGGUUGGGAUGGCUUUGCCCAGAUUCUUCCGGUCUACCUUGAGCAUGUCAUCUUGCCGACUCUCACCGACGAAGGUUGCGUCACCGAAGUCCAUCACAUAGACGGAGAGGGAAACGAUGCCGGUGUGGUUUACUCGGAGAUGCAGGCUCUUCAAUAUGGCAGCACCGAGCUGAUGGAUCUGAGGGCCCGGCGUCUCCUGUAUCCAGAGAACGUGGGAUUUCGAUAUGAGACCGGAGGCAUGAUGGAAGCCCUCAGGGUCCUGACCCCAGAGAGGAUACGAGAGUUCCACAAGGCCAUGUACCAGCCUCGAAACCUCGCCGUCGUCAUCGUCGGCGAGACGGAUCAUCAAAAUCUACUCGAGAUCUUGGACGAGUUCGAAGAGAGCAUUAAGGAUGAUAUCCCUGCGGCAGAGGCCCCUUUCAAGCGACCGUUUGUCGACUCACCUCAGCCCCCACCACUGAAGGAGACCGUUGUCGAGACGGUCGAGUUUCCAGAGGAGGACGAGUCGAUGGGCGAAAUCACCGUUGCAUUCUUUGGCCCGAGCUGCAUAGACCAGGUCCAGACCACCGCUCUCAACAUCCUUAUGACAUACCUCUGCGGCUCCUCGGUCUCUGUCGUCGAGAAUGUCAUUGUGGAGAAGGAAGAACUUGCUAGCUCCGUGGCUUGGUGGUAUGACAGUCGCCCGAACUCGGUUAUCUGGUUCCAGCCCACCGGUGUCGCAACCGAGAAGCUCGCCUUCGUCGAGCAACGCCUGAUUUCCUUGCUCAAGGAAGUGGCAUCGGAGCCACUUGACAUGCAAUAUAUGAAGGACUGCAUAAGCAGAGAGCGGCGCCAGGUCAAGUUCCAAGCCGAAGGCUCCGAACAGUUCUAUUCUGGCAAUAUUAUUGCGGACUAUCUCUUUGGCAAGCGUGACGGCUCGACUCUUGCGGACCUCCAGUCAUUGAAGGAAUACGACACCCUUGAAGGAUGGACCGACGAGCAAUGGCGCGAAUUCCUCAGAAGAUGGAUUUCAGAUGCCCACCAUGUCUCGAUCCUUGGAAAGCCAUCCAUGAAACUCGCAACGACGCUGAAGGAAGCGGAAAAGGCACGGUUGGCAAAGAGGAACGAGGAGCUGGGUGCCGAGGGACUUGAAAAGCUGAGCAAGAGGCUAGAGGAGGCAAAGUCGAUCAACGAUCAGCCAAUACCACCCGAGGUACUUGACAGGUGGGAGGUACCCAGCACGAAAUCAAUACACUUUAUUGAGUCUACAACCGCCCGAUCUGGAAAAGCGAGGACACUAGGUGUUCCAUCAAACCCGGUGCAGAAGGUCGUCGACGGCUCGCCACAGGGAUUACCCCUUUUCCUCCAAUUCGAGGAUGUGCCGACCAAUUUCGUGCACAUCACCGUCCACAUUGGCACAUCCGAGACGCCCGUGAAGUACAAGCCCCUUCUGGCCUUGUUUGCGGACAACUUCUUCAAUACCCCCGUGAUGCGCCACGGACAGCGCAUGGGGUUCGAGGAAGUGGUCAUGGAACUCGAGAAGGAAACGGUCAGCUACCAUCUUGGCGGAGCGGGGCGCGUUGGCGAUUCCGAGGGCAUGGCCAUUCAAUUCCAGGUGGAGCCUGAGAAAUACACCACAAUCAUCGACUGGCUACGGACCUUGAUGUUCGAUAGCAUCUUCGACCCCGUCCGACUGAAGGCCAGCGUUGCCAAAGCCCUCGCUGACAUCCCGGAAGCCAAGCGUGACGGCCGCGCCAUGGCGCUCGAAGUCAACAUGGCACUUCACCAGGUCCUCGAGAGUCUCCCGGUUGCGAAGCGCACUCUCGUAAAGGCUGUAUAUCUCCGUCGCCUCAGGAAGCUGCUCGAGAAGGAGCCGGAGACGGUCGUCGCCUGGUUCGAAGAACUCCGCCGCUCCCUAUUCACCUUCCAGAACAUACGCGUCCUCGUGACCGCCAACGUCCCCAAGCUGCCCAACCCGGCCGCGGCGUGGGACGUGCUGACGUCGGCCCCGGGGCUCGACACCAGCAAGGAGAACCUGCCGAUCGUCGCGCCGUACACCAUGCUCAACCCCGAGGGCAAGAGCCCCGGCGGCUACGGCAGCGUCAUCAUCCCCAUGACGACGCUCGACAGCUCCUACAGCGUCAGCACGGCGGCGGGGCUGACGUCAUACACGGACCCGCGCCUGCCGGCCUACCUCGUGGCGCUGGGCUACCUCGAGGCGGUGGAGGGCCCGCUCUGGAACGCGGUGCGGGGCAACGGGCUGGCGUACGGCGUCGGCUUCUCGCGCGAGCUCGACGCGGGCUGCGUGCAGUACCGCGUGUACCGGUCGCCCGACGCCAGCAAGGCCAUCGACGCGAGCCGCGCGGCCGUGGCGCGCAUCGCGUCGGGCGAGGACCCCGUCGACCGGCACCUGCGCGAGGGCGCCGUCAGCGGCAUCGUCAUGUCCUUCGCCGACGAGCAGGCCACCAUGUCGGCCGCGGCCCAGCAGAACUUCGUCCUCGGCGUCGUCAGGGGCCUGGACCCGGCGGGCUGGACCGAGGGGAUCUUGGCCCGGGUUAGGGAGGUCUCCGACGACGACAUCAGGGCCGUCAUGGCCGAGCUGGUGCUGCCCGUCUUCGAACCGGGGAAGAGCAACGUCGUCGUCACGUGUGCGCCCAUCAUGCGGGAGAACAUGGAGAAGGCGCUCACGGCCAUGGGCUACAAGACCCAGGUCCAGCCCCUGAGCCACUUCCACGAGGCCUACGGCCUCUCCGACGGCCAGGAUGGCGAGGAGGAUGAGGACGACGACGACGACGAUGAUGACGACGAUGAAGAUGGUGACGACGACAGCAUGAGCGAGGAGGAGGACGCGUUGAUGGAGGGUGCCGAGGGUGGAUCCGAUUCUGACGAUAAUAUGGAGGGCUGA